AUGGCCUCUACAUCUACGGACGAGCGUAACAUCACUGCGCAAUCCGAAGCUCUCACGGAGUUCCACAAAUUUCCCAAACUUCCGCCGGAGCUACGUCUUCUAAUAUGGAAGUUUGCGUGUCCGCCAAGCAACAUCCUCGUCCAUCCGAGAGACAGCUGGGACGACCAAGGUGAACUCCACCUGCCUAUAGGUUACGAACCUACGAGGGAAUUCGGUCUUUCUCAGAGACUCGUCCGCGAUUUCGUCUUCGCAUGCCACGACGCUUAUAAAGCCUACAUGGAGAGCAAACCUUAUCACAUCCGGGGACAGUAUAACCAUGCUCGAGUGAUUCGAUUCGGCCCAGACGACCCUAUUUUCAUUCAGCAUCUCGAGACGUUCUUCAAGUCGCCGGAGUGGGACAAGUUGGAAAAUUCAGAAUGGGCUGGAGAGAUUACGGAUCUGGUGGUCCAUCCUAUUGGACACGGCGAUUUCGAUUGGUUGAAGCUUUUGGCAGUCUUCAAGAGCCUCAAAAAGGUGCGAAUCAUGGUUGGCUUUUGGGACUUGAGUAUUCCUGCCUUGGACGAAGCAAAUUCGCAGCGGGAUCUGGAGGAUCUGGAAAAGCUACGUCAAAACAAUAUCGAGAAUGUCAACAUCCCCGGCAUCGUCACUGCUUCAUCGUAUAUCAUCCAAUGCUCUCGUUCGGAAAAUGAGGCAUGGAUCUGAAGUCAAACACGUUACUCGAAACAUGACUACGCGCUGAUUUGGACAUUCAGGGUUCAUGGGCAAGGGAUUCUAUGGGGACAGAAUAGAAAAGCACAUAAUCAAUGAAUUAUUCUGUCU